AUGGCAAAAGUGAGGAGAGGGAGGGAAGAAGUUGUGUGCGGUACAGAUGUGGAUUACUCAACACCAUUCAAACUGUCCUACGCCAAAGACCGAACUGGGUUGAAUGAUGGAGAGUGGGACUUCAACUGGUGUGAUGUGGGCUGGCUCAGGGAGAACUUUGAUCACACAUACAUGGAGGAGCAUGUGAGGAUAAACCACUUUCGAAAUCAUUAUGAGCUGACACGCAAAAAUCUCAUGGUGAAAAACCUCAAAAGAUAUCAGAAAAUCCUUGAGCGGGAACUGGGCCGCACCGAGGCGUCAAAGUGUGACUUCUUCCCCUGUACGUUUGCACUGCCGAGUGAGUACCAUCUGUUUGUGGAGGAGUUCAACAGGAGCCCUGGGAGCACCUGGAUCAUGAAACCGGUGGCAAAAUCUCAAGGCAAAGGCAUUUUCCUAUUCAGGAAAUUGAAAGACAUUAUGGAAUGGAAAAAGGAUGGCUCCCGUUCAGAGGAACAGAAGGAUGCUGCCCAAGUGGAAAACUACGUGGCCCAGCGGUAUAUAGAGAACCCCUACCUAAUUAAUGGCAGGAAGUUUGACCUGAGAGUCUAUGUGCUGGUCACAUCGUAUGUUCCCCUGAAGGCCUGGCUGUAUCGAGAUGGAUUUGCUCGCUUCUCAAACACCCGUUUUUCCCUCAGCAGAAUUGAUGACAAGUAUAUGCACCUCACCAAUGUGUCUGUUCAGAAAACAGCCCCAGACUAUGAUCCUGAAAAGGGCUGUAAGUGGCAGAUGCAACAACUCCGAAGAUAUCUGACUGCAAAACAUGGUUGGGAGACGGUCCAAAACCUGUUUCAGGAGAUGGACAACAUCUUUGUCCGAAGUCUACUGAGUGUCCAGAAGGUCAUUAUAAAUGACAAACACUGCUUCGAGCUCUAUGGUUAUGACAUUCUGCUGGACCACAACCUCAAACCGUGGUUAAUCGAGGUGAACGCGUCUCCGUCACACACACCCAGCAGCCAGGAGGACUAUGAAAUGAAAUGCAGACUUUUGGAAGACACUCUGAAUGUUGUCGACAUGGAGGGAAGGCUGACUGGCAAGGAGAAGAGGGUGGGUGGCUACGAUCUCAUGUGGAAUGAUGGGCCUGUCUAUCGUGAAGAUGUCAACCUCCAAACAUUUGGAAGUUUGGCUCUCACUGCCAACACGCACUUAGGGUGUGUGAAUGACAGGGAGAAGCAGCUUCGCCAGCUUUUAAAACCAUUUCCAUGCCUGAAGAAGAUAUAGUCAUGUUGAAAAUGUU